AUCACGUGACCCGGCGUCAUCCCGGAAGUAGCGAAGGUUCCGGUGCGCCCGCAGUGCCGAUGGCGGACUAAACAUGUUGUUUCUGCUCCUCGUCUUGCUUCUAUGUCUUCCUCCGCCCGCCUGCUGGGCGAUAAACAACUUCUACUGCUCCUUCUCCGACAGCUGCGACUGUGACUUCCGGCCUAAUGUCAAAGAGCUGGAGUGGGACCUCUACAAGAACGUUUACGGCCAACAUCUGGCUCAGGACAUCAUCUCUGAGGAGGUCGUCAAGUUCCUUCAGAAUAAAAGCCCGGAAAAACCCCUGGUUCUGUCCUUCCACGGCUCCUCCGGGACCGGGAAGACGCUGGUCAGCUCCAUGCUGGGGAGCCAUUUGUACGGCUCGGCCAUGAGCAGCCCGUACGUGCACCGCUUCAUCCCCGCGCUGCAUUUCCCCUCCGCCGGCGAGGUGGACCAGUACCGGGUGCAGCUGAAGAACUGGGUCCAGGGGAACCUGACGGCGUGCGCUCGCUCCGUCUUCAUUUUUGACGAGAUGGAGAGGAUGCCGCGCGGACUCGUCGACGUCUUGGAACCUUUUCUGGGUCCCUCGCACGUGGUCUUCGGCACCAACUACCGCAAGGCCUUCUACGUCUUCAUCAGCACGGCGGGCGAGGACGUGGUCAACAGAGUGGCCCUGGAACACCGCCGGGCGGGACGCGACCGAGAGGAGAUCACGUCGUCCGACCUGCAGGACGCCAUCGCUCAGGCCGUCUACGACAACAACUCCAGCGGCCUCUUCCAGUCGUCCAUCAUCCGGCAGAAGCUCAUCACGUCCUUCGUGCCCUUCCUGCCGCUGAGCCGCCGCCACGUGGAGCGCUGCGUGCGCUCGCAGCUCUGCCAGCUCGGCGCCUGCCAGCGCAGUGACGUGGUGCGGGCGGUAGGGGGCGACAUGACGUACACGCCGGCGCCGGGACACUUCUUCUCGGCCAGCGGCUGCAAGAGCGUCACCGCCAAGAUCAACCUUUUCCUCUGACCCUCAGCCAAAGUCUGGUGGACCAGAAGCUGUCCGGCAAGGACCUCCAAGGCCAACCUGGUUCAUGGAGUCCACCCUGUUGUUGGAAGAAACUCCACCAGUUCCCAAAGUUCCCAUUGGAUCCACUUGAAGGACUUUGUGUUGAUCCAAACUCGGAAGGACCGCGUGAAAAAACCUCUACCAUGGGAGAAACUCCACCAGAUCCCAAAGUUCCCAUUGGAUCCACUUGGAGGAGUUUUUGUCGAUCCAAACUCGGAAGGACCACGUGAAAAAACCUCUACCAUGGGAGAAACUCCACCAGAUCCCAAAGUUCCCAUUGGAUCCACUUGAAGGACUUUGUGUUGAUCCAAACUCGGAAGGACCACGUGAAAAAACCUCUACCGUGGGAGAAACUCCACCAGAUCCCAAAGUUCCCAUUGGAUCCACUUGGAGGAGUUUUUGUCGAUCCAAACUCGGAAGGACCACGUGAAAAAACCUCUACCGUGGGAGAAACUCCACCAGUUCCCAAAGUUCCCAUUGGAUCCACUUGAAGGACUUUGUGUCGAUCCAAACUCGGAAGGACCACGUGAAAAAACCUCUACCGUGGGAGAAACUCCACCAGAUCCCAAAGUUCCCAUUGGAUCCACUUGAAGGAGUUUUCGUCGAUCCAAACUCUGAAGGACCACAUAAAGAA